CUGGCAGGUCAGGGAGGGGCGGGGCCAGAGAGAGAGAGAGAGAGAAGAACCUGUUUCUGUGAUUUGGACUCGCCCCUUGAGGAAUAGAAGAGAGAAAACACAGAGAGCAGGAUGGUUGGAUCUGACUUUAACUGCAGGGCCCUGAUGAUCAGGUGUGACCUUUGACCUCUCACAUUCAGAGUCAACUGCCCAUCUACCUGAAGGGGCAGGGCCUGAGGAGCCCAGGGUUGUCACCAUGGCAACGACAUCCUCCCAGCUUGGCAGAGGUCUGGGUCUUGUCCUGGUGGAGUUUGAGUAUGAGUACCAGGGUCGGGAUGGGGUGCUGGUCUCCAUCAAACCCAAUGAACGUUACGUCCUGCUGGCUAAGACCAACGACCACUGGUGGCAGGUCCAGAGUGACUGUAGCUCCAAACCCUUCUACAUCCCCGCCAAGUACGUUAAGGAGUUGCCGGCGGACUUCCCCUCCCCACUGGACUUUGCUGAUCCACUCAGUCCUGAACCAGUUCUGGUUCCCAUGACUGCACCUGCCCCAGUCCCUGUGCCUGUCCCUGUUCCAAAGACUCUGGAUGAGCCCACUAGAACCAAACCAGGGGACGAGGUGACAAUCCGGCUCAGACCCGAUACAUCCACCGGGUACCGCAAGACUGAGAACCGCUUGUCGACAUUUGGUGUCCCACUGGACUUCCAUGACCUGUCACAUCAGGUGGUGCCAGCACCACGGCAUCCUGGCAACCCCCCAUCUGGUCUCAUAGAGACCGGGACCAGCAGGAAUACGAACAUGGCCAACGGUGGUCUGAGUCAAAAGCAGCCUCACCUGCCAGGGUGCCUGGAUGACCAAAUGGACUCUGGGAAAGCUCGGGUUCCCAGUUUCAGUCCAGCUGACCCCCUUUCUACAGCCCGGCUCCCAACCCAGCCCAUACCGGUGGAGACACCAGUGGUCCCAGUGGUCCCCCCCAACAACGGCAUCCACAACAGGUCCUCACUGACUGCAGGUUGCCAUGACAAGCAGGAGUCACCAAUAGAGCCGGAGGAGGAGGAGGAUGAGGAGGAGGAGGAGGAGGAGGAGGAGGAGGAGAUGAGCGUGGAGGAGAGUGCUGAUGAGGAUGAGGAUUCAACGAAGGAGGAAGAAUCAAACCACAUCUACGAGUCGAUCCAGGACCUGAACCUGGACCUGGAGGCUCUGGUUGGAGGAAGGGUUAGUCCUGGAGAACCACCUGAAUCUGUCCCUGCACCUGCCCCACCCCCCACACAGGACCACAGCUCGCCCGGCCCUAACUCGCCCAUCUACGCCAACGUCUCCUCUCUGAAGAAAACGUGUCUCCCUCAGACCUCGGCCCCAAUACCACCACCUCCUUCUGACCCCGCCCCCUCUGUCCCAGACCACACCCCCUUGUCUUCCGUCUCCUCCUCCGGCAUGAUAAGCCCCGCCUCUCCGCUCAGCCCACAGGAGGAGUGGCAGGUGCACACUGACCAGGAUAGUGGGAAGGUGUUUUAUUUCCAUCCUGUCACCAGACAGACCACCUGGUCCGACCCCCGCAACCCGCCACACAUGGACCAGUCCAAGGGGAGGGAGGGGGGACAGCUGACCUCCCCCUCACCUCUGCUCUCCCCCGCUUCCUCUCAGAGCUCCUGUGGGUGGGAGCAGCUGGUGGACGAAGUCUCAGGCAGAUUUUAUUACUACAACCCGACCACACGAGCCACAUCCUGGACCGCACCUGAGGCGCUGUCCUCCCCCGCCUCCUCCUCCUCCCCCGCCUCCCCCCCCGGACCUUCAGCCAACAGGAAGCAUGAGGACGGCCCGCCCCCCCUGCCAGAGGAGGAUUAUCCUGUGGAUGCACCUAGAGACAACAACACUGUCUUUACCACGCAUGCUCAGCAGCCCGUGGGUCUGAUUCCCAGAGCUCAGCUGCAGGAGCCCUCACAUCUGCCCCAAAGAAUGAUGGGAAAUGGAGUUUCUGAGGAGGGAACGAACUGGAGAUACAGCGUGGCGGAAGACACAUUUGCUCCUGGUCACAGGAGGAACGUCUCUGACUUCACUGAGGUGUCCAACAGAAGACACUCCCCCGACAGUCCACAGCUCUCUGAUAGGCUCACACUGAAGAGGAAUCUGUCCAAUCGGAGCACAGGCUCCCACCAGCUGCAUCACCACCUGCUGGAGAAAGCAGGGAUCAUCAAUAAGACCAAAGUAGCUGAUAACGGCAAAAAGAUCAGGAAGAACUGGAGUCAGUCGUGGACCGUCCUCCAUGGAGGAAUCCUCACCUUUCACAAAGACCCCAAGUCUGCUCCGACUGGGAACGCAAGUAAAGCGUCACAGAUUGUUCCAGAGUACACCGUGGACCUGAGAGGUUCUUCAAUCAGCUGGGCCUCCAAAGACAAGUCCUCCAAGAAGAACGUUCUCGAGCUUAGGACUCGUCAUGGCUGCGAGUACCUGAUGCAGUACGACACCGAAAGCAUCAUCAGUGACUGGCUCAAAGUGAUCCAGGACACCAUCAGACAGCUGGAGCAGGAACAUCUGACGGAGGACGAGGACGAAGCAGCUUCAGACAAAGAGGACAAAGACAGGAAGAGGACGUCGACCAGGACGUCCUCUGGACCGGACUCUGAGCAGAGACGCGUCCGGACCAAACUGAGGCGGUUCCUCCAGCGCAGGCCGACGCUGCAGAGCGUCAAGGAAAAGGGAUACAUCAGAGAUAAUGUGUUUGGCUGUCACCUGGACACACUCUGUCACAGAGAAAACACAACCAUCCCCAGGUUUGUGGAGAAGUGUGUCAGAGCAGUGGAGAGGAGAGGGCUGGAUGUUGAUGGGAUCUACAGAGUGAGCGGGAACCUGGCUGUGAUCCAGAGACUGCGACAUAAAGCCGAUCAUGAGGAACAUCUGGACCUGGAGGACGGACAGUGGGAGGAGAUCCACGUCAUCACCGGAGCGCUGAAGCUUUUCCUGCGCGAGCUUCCAGAACCGCUGUUUCCCUUCAGCUGCUUCGACAAGUUCAUCGCCGCCAUCCAGGUCCCAGACUACAGCAUGAGAGUUUCCUACAUGAAGGACCUGGUCCGGACUCUGCCGCUGCCAAACCACGACACCAUGGAGCUGCUGUUCAAACACCUGCGCAGGGUGAUCGAGCACAAGGACUCCAACAGGAUGUCGGUUCAGAGCGUCGCCAUCGUGUUUGGACCCACGUUGCUCCGCCCCCAGACCGAAUCCGCCAACAUGACGAUCCACAUGGUUUUCCAGAGCCAGAUAGUGGAGCUCAUGCUCAACGAGUUCCAGACCGUUUUCUCCCAGAGUUAGGAGGAACCUCCUGGAGCUCCUCUGGGACCUCAAGCACCACCAGAGAACAUCCUGGAAACUCCUGGAAGGUCCUGAAAACCCCAUGAGAACUGCCAAAAAUCUUCCAAAGUGUCAGAGACCUAAACAUAACCUCCUCUCAGAUUCAAGGUCACGGAGCAUUGAACCCUGGACCUGCUGACUACAUGGUCCCCCUUCCAAACACUGAGGCCUGAGCAGUCCAGGUAGAACGUGAGCAGUGCUUCUCUUUCAGGGCAAAAGACCAAACAGUACAAGUUCCAGAUCCAUUUAGGAGCUUGUGGAACCCUGGACCCAAACACAUUCUCCUCUAUUUUAAUACAUAUACAAGUUCAUAAAGGAUUAAACAUGGAACGUGUUGAGCCCUGUGUCACCACUGUGUCUCCAACAGCCAGAGUACAAACCUAGAAACCUGAACUGGUUCUGAAACCUUCUUUUGGAUCAUCGGUUUUCUUUCAAGGCAACAGACCAAACAAAACACAUUUUUUCUUAGCAGCCGAAAACCCUACCAUUCUCACUUUGAGCAAGAACUGUCCCAACAAGUUCCAGAUUCCCCUGGAAUGCUCGAGCUCUCUGGACCCAAACUCUUUUCCUAUUCAUUUAUUUGAAAUCUAUAGAUUUCAGAGUUCGGGGGGGUUUGAACACCUCCUACUUUUUCUUUUCACAACGAUUUGAACCUUCAAUAACACAGAUAGACCCUGAAUGGAUCCAUCUAGAACCCUGGACUGGUUCUCAAACCUAAACCAGUAGACAGACAAAUCACAGCCUUUUGGCACCUGAAUAAAAUCAUGAAUAGAACCUCAUAGAACUCUUACUUGACCCACAUCUCACCACCAGACCCCCAAAUCUCAAAUGACCCAAGAGUAACUGGAAUGGAUCUGGAACUGGGACCAGAUCACACCCACAAAACACAAAACAUCCCGACCUCUCGACCUUUGUGUCCCGUGUGACUGUGCUUUUCUGUACCUGAAGGUUUAUUUUGGAAUCCAAAUGUCUCUCGAGCUUAUUAACAGAAAUCGUGAAAAGUCCUUCUGAACUGAACAAACAGCAUUUGCACACUUCCAAUGAACAGAGCUUAGGUUUUGGGUUGACCCCCCUGAACAGGAACACACUGUGGGUUUAUGUUUGUGGGCGUACCUGUGGACACUACGUGAACCUGCCUGGUUGUCAGAGGAAUUAGAUCAGACUUAUUCUUCACUCACACAUCGAGCCUGAGAACACGAACACACUGACUCAGAGUCAAACUAAUUGAAAAUAUAAACUCUUGUUGGUCCUUCUGUUCAAUUUUCUCUUAUUUUCAAUCAGUGCCUUAGAAUUGACCCUAACCCUUUCAAACAGGAAGUGUAAAGAGUCUGGAGUUGACACAGAUUGGCUGGUCGUACCUGCUCACUCCCUUACACUCUGCCACUCUGCAGGUGUUGGUGUCAGAUCGCUUGUUGUUCAGUUUUAGUUUAAUUCUACUUGUUAAUGUCCAUGUUCAGGUUCUGGAGUCUGGAGCCGAUGUGUACCCAGUAUCAGUCUGUGCUACAUUCACUGACUCUGGAAAACACAGAUUUGCAGAACAUGUUGAUACCAAGUAAAAGUUUAACAUGAAACUUUGUCGUAUUAAACACUGCAUCAAACUUUAGUCUUGAUCCGGUCCUGAUGAUGUCAUCAGUCAGUGACAGUGUAGAUCCCACGUGUUGUUUUAGACUGUCGUCAUGGCGAUGGUAUGCAAUCACAAAUCAAUUGAGAAAUGAUCAAAUUCUCUUGUGCCCACAUCGUCUUUCUGCUAAGCUAGUAGCUAAGCUAAGGUAAACACACAUGGAUCUAUGUGUGCGUGAAUCUAAAUGUGUAUCAGGAUGUUCAGAGGGCCGGGUCGUCUCCUCUGAGGGACUCCACAAGAGAACGUAGAGAGCCUAGAGUAGAACAUGGAGAACAAGAGCUUUUACAGUGUUUCAGUUUGUCUUGGGGGAACAUUUUACUGCUGUUGUUUGUGUAAUGGUGAAUAAUCUGUACAAUGUUGUAUGUUUUUAUAGUUUUGACUUUCUAUGUGUUCAGAACAAAGUUAACGUCACCAGACUGUACAUAAGAGGGUAUUUUACUGACUUUAAUAAAGAGGAAACAGUGUUCA